GCAGUGCGCACACUGCAGCACAUCCGCAAGAACUCCUUCGUCAUGGAGUAUGUGGGAGAGAUCAUCACCUCGGAGGAGGCGGAGCGCCGGGGACAGGUGUACGACCGCCAGGGCGCCACCUACCUGUUCGACCUGGACUACGUGGAGGACGUUUACACCGUGGACGCCGCGCACUACGGCAACAUCUCGCACUUUGUCAACCACAGCGUGAGUGCGCUUACCUGGGCGCAGGUGUGGGCUUACCUGGGCACAGGUGUGGGCUUAACUGGCUACAGGUGUGGGCUUACCUGCCCUUCCGAUCUGCGCAUCGCGCUGUUCGCAACGAGGCCGAUCCGCGCCGGGGAGGAGCUCACCUUCGACUACAACAUGCACGUGGACCCCGUGGACGCCGAGAGCACCCGCAUGGACUCCAACUUCGGGCUGGUGGGCGGGGCCCUGGGCGGGGCCCUGGGCGGGGCCCUGGGCGGCUCCCCCCGCGCCCGCGGCCGCAUCGAGUGCAAGUGCGGCGCCGCCUCCUGCCGCAAGUUCCUCUUCUGAGACACCUGGGCCACGCCCGCGGCUCACCUGGCCACGCCUGCGCUCUUAUCAAAUACCUGGGACACACCUGGGACACACCUGUGCUCUUAUCAAACACCGGGGCCACGCCCGCGGCUCACCUGGGUCACACCUGUGCUCUUAUCAAAUACCUGGGACACACCUGGGACACACCUGUGCUCUUAUCGCACACCUGGGACACACCUGGGUCACAUCUGUGCUCUUGUCAAACAUCGGGGCCACGCCCACAGCUCACCUGGGUUACACCUGUGAUCUUACCAAACACCUGGGC